GUUUCUACCCCACAAGUGUCUCCCUAUGUGAUACUGUUAGUGCGGGCAGUCGGUAAAACUUACGGAAAAGGAACUCUCGCAAAUAGUGUGGGCUUCUGUUUGGCUCCUGUACCUCCAUCAUUACUCUACAGUAGCACUCACUUCUUCUACGAAAUAGUCUAUGAGUGUGCAUUGUGCGUAUCUGUCGGUCCGUCCGACAAAUUUUCCGCGAGUACAUUAUAGCAACGCCUAAACGCCAGUCGUAAGGAAAAAAAGUUGGCGUGAUAAAAAAAAAAAAAAGUUUCGAUAUGGCGUGCCCCAUCAAAGAUAUCGCGCUUCCGAAGGAUGCGCCUCGUGAACUCCUCAUAGAGAAACAUACUAAAUAUAUCAUCGAAUUCGCCAAUAAGAAGGAUUCAUACGAGUACGCAAUUACGGAACACCUUCGCAUGAGUGGCAUCUAUUGGUCGAUGACUGCCGUUGAUUUGAUGGGUGCUCUGGCGGAGUUCGAUCGGAACGACCUUAUUUCCUUUGUCAAAGGCUGUCAGCAUUCUUGUGGAGGGUUCUCAGCAGCGCCCCGGCAUGAUCCCCACAUAUUGUAUACACUAUCAGCAGUACAGAUUCUUGUGACGUUAGACGCCUUAUCUGAGAUCAACGUGGAUGCAACUGUUGACUACGUGGUUUCUUUGCAUCAGAAAGACGGAUCCUUCUUUGGGGACAAAUGGGGUGAAACGGAUACUCGAUUCUCGUUCUGUGCCGUCGCCACACUUGCUUUACUUAAACGGUUAGAUUCUAUCGACACCUGCUCCGUUGCGAACCACGUCAUGGCGUGUAUGAACUUCGACGGAGGUUUUGGUUGUAGGCCACAUUCAGAGACCCACGCCGGUCAAAUCUACUGUUGCCUGGGAACGUUAUCUGUGAUAGGACAACUGUCAAGGCACGUUGGUCCACAUGCGGACCAGCUCGCGUGGUGGCUUGCUGAAAGGCAACUACCGAGCGGAGGCCUAAAUGGUCGUCCUGAAAAGCUGCCAGACGUUUGUUAUUCCUGGUGGGUUCUAGCAAGUUUAGCGAUGCUAAGGCGUUUGCAUUGGAUCGACAAGGAAAAUCUGGUACAAUUUAUCCUAGCAACACAGGACGAACAGGACGGCGGAUUCGCAGACAGGCCCGGCGAUGAGGUCGACCCGUUCCAUACGCUUUUCGGCCUUGCUGGCCUGGCUUUACUAGGAGAAAAUCGGUUGCGCAAGCUCAAUCCAGUUUUCUGCAUGUGCCAAGAUGUCAUUGAUCGGCUAGGACUUAAGCCGCAGCUUCUCGACUCUUGAAAAUCUUAUUGUUCCUUAUAGUUUGCAUAUAUUGAUGUAUAGUGGAUAUGGUGAAAGAUCGAAAGGAUGAACCGGUCAAAUGGAGAAUCCUAUGCGGCCAUAUGUGUCUCUAUAUGAAUAAAGACACCAAAAGCAUUAAAAGUAAUAAACACUUACGAUUUAGGGCA